CAGAUACCGAUCACCUUGUCGCCCGUUCGGACGUGUGUGUAUUUCGCUGGCACAGUUCUUUUCUGUCCGUGUAGAGAUUCGUGGAGAAGCGAAAUUCGCGUUUUGUGUCGUCUCACUGAAUUGUUUUCGCAGCUGAUGUUGCUAUUGCUGUUGUUGCUCUUUGUGAUAUCACCGCGACGAAUGGCUGAUUGUUCGCGCUGUGCGCACCGCCGGUAGCCGACUCUGUACGGAAGUGUCUCCAUAACGACAGCAACAACCGAAACAACAACAGCAACAAAAACAACGGUAGUGCGUGAUAGAGGUAGUGUCAAUCGUGUUGCCGGCAUUGGAGGGUGCCGCCGGCUGGAAGCAAUUCGCGACCUUACGAAUUAAAAGAAGUACGAUUUGCGGUUCGACGGUUGAAGUCGUCGGUUGAGGUCGCCGCGUCCUAGUUGCGGGCGGAGAAGGUUGCAAUUUCUUUGAUUGAAGCGUGCCACUCUACAUUUGAGCGCAGCAUUUUUUCGCCGUGGAAGUGGAAAGUGCAUUCGGCGUGGAAACAAAGACCGAAACGUGACUGCACGAGAUGAGGCCUCCGUCGUCGCCGGUUCGGUGGACCGAUUGAGGCUAAGGAAAUAGCUGCAGUGCCUUGCAUCCAUCUUGGUUAGAUCGGUGCAUCGCUGGCACAAGGCACACUCGCAAUUGGUGCCAGUCGGUGGAAGAUUGUGUUCAUUGUUGUCCACUCGGACUGGGCCCGUUUCGCCUUUUUGUGUGCCCUUUUUCACUGUGGAAAGUCCCAGGUUUUGCAUCACGGGCAAAAGUGGCCUAGUGGGGCGCGUAGGGCAUCCAAAACCGGUAGCAGGUAAAUGCUACAAGUUAAAUUACAGUGAAAUAAAUAUACACGGCUAACGGAAGCCGACAUUCUAAAUGGCAAUCGGGUGCUGUUAGUUGUGAAAGUGUGUCUCGUGGGGAAGCAGCUCGAUUCGUACAUUGUUUGUGUGUCUGUGAGUUUGCACAAUUCGUGGUUGGCUAAACAUCGAAAGACGCAUCAAAGCGAAAUAAGUUCAUUAAUUAGUGGCGAAUCUAAUGAUAUCUAGUAGGUCGUUAGAGUGGAGGAAAAAAAACGCUGAAAUCUACGCAGCCUACGCUUACAGUGGACAGAUAAAAUCACCAUUCGCCGGUCAUUUCAGGAAUGGAGAUUUGUGGUCCGAUCCAGGUCACAUAAAGCGCCAGGCCGGAAAGGUGACAACGGCCGGCUGGGAAUUUUCCUCGAAGACAUUCGCCUGACGCGCGAAUUGCGAAGUGGCGUUAUUGCAAACUUCACGCUGCUGUUAAAUUUUGACAAGUGCAAGUCAAAACAUCAUUAAAGUCGAAUCGUGAAACGAAACGUGCGUGUGUUGGAAGUGGCAGAAAGUGAUAGGAAGAGAGAGAGAGGGCGAAUCUCUGCUAAUGCGUUUGGGUUAAUUUCUGCCCAAAAAAAUAUCAGCUCGUGCAGAGAUUAACCGUUUUGGUACGAAUCGAUUCUACAAUUUUAUAGCAAGGAACGCCCAAAGUUGUCACACUGGCAUCCCCGGGUAACACCGUACCGCCCGUUCUGUGGCGCGCUCGUCGAAAAGCCGAUUCGCAACGCCAGCAGCAGGGCAGUUCGGCUCAACUUGGCUUGCAGUACCCCCACCAGUACCAGCAUCAACACCAGCACCACCACCACCAGCACAAGCUCUGGAGAACGCAUGACGCGGUCACGCUGCUCGGUGCCAACUGGAAAAUAGCCCAAAAACUAGUGCAGCACUACUGAACGGAAAUAAACCGCUUUCGAAUUUAAACCCGUAGAAAAGAGAAGAAAAAAAAACUGGCGGAAAAAGUGAAUCAGACGCAGUAAAAAGUGUUCCAAAUGGAAAUGGCACCACGUGCCGAUGUCGGCGACAUCCGACGAAUGAAAAGUACCGUAGUCGAGUUCGUUUCGCAGUGUUGCACCAGUGGCAGUGCCACGGACGAUUCGGCGAGAAAGGAAACAAUGGGCUACCGGCGGUGGGGCCGUUUGCCGCCGGAACCGGAAGUGCAGCACCGCGUCAACUGUUGUGAUUUUAUUGCGAAACUAAUGUGAACUUAGUGAGGAAGUGAAAUGAAGUGCUGCUGACCGGAGGCUGCAGCGGAGUUAACAAACACACAUACACGAAUCCAGAGAGUAAAAGAAAAAAAAACAGAACUCAUAAGAGUGUGCCGCCGGUUCCGGAAGUAGCUGCAUUCGUUGUGUUUGUGAUGGUUGCGGCGGAAGCUCAUCCGAGUACGGCAGAUUUACGAGCACAAUAAACCGACGGGAAGCGGAAACCCCGAAAGGAAGCGGACUUUUGUACCACCAGCGCCAACCAAGGCCCUGAUGGGCCAAAGUGCUAGCAUGUGUCGCUUUAAUGGUUGUUAUAAGAAGAAUAAGCAAGGCCUGCACUUGCGCAGUAUAGAGGAGCCUCAGAGCAGAAUGCCCGCCGAGCAGGGGGGCACAGUGGGACUCGAUGCAUCGUUGGGCUCUUGUUCUGGUGUCCCCCUGCCGCUACAGCUACAGCCAGCUUCGCAACAGUCUGGACCGAACAGUACCUCCGGAGGCGGUCUGAACCACCAUCCGCUGGGGCUGAGCAAUCAUCACCAUCUGCAUCACCUGCAUCACCAUCAUCAGCACCUGCACCAUCUGGGCAAUAGCAGCGGCAGCAGUGGCGGAGGCCCACCGGUCACCGGUACCAGUUCCAGCGGUGGCUACGAUGCCGAGUACGCCCGGAUGGAAGCCUGGCUGGAUGAGAAUCCGGAAUUCGUACAGGACUAUUUCAUACGGAAGGCAACCCGCAAUAUGGUCGAUGGAUGGCUGGUGUCUCAUGCGACACCGAUGACGACCGGCACCGGCAACAGCAUGGACUCACCGACCCACGGCACUGUUGCCCAAGCAAGUUCGUCGCGUGCCGGUUCCGGAGCAACGACUCCAGUGAGGAAAAUUUCCGCCCAUGAAUUCGAACGAGGCGGUCUGCUGAAGCCGAUCGUAAACACCAUUGACGGGACACCCACCUUCCUCAGUAUUGGACUGCAGAGCGAAAGUUUCCAGUGCGGUAGCGGCCCGAACCAGAACGGAACGGCAGGCGGCCCCAGCGGAAGCCAGCGACCCCAGCGGUUGUCACGCAACGAGCUGCGACAGUUGGAUGAGCGGGAGCUGAUUUUUGAACUGGUGAAGGAUAUCUGUAACGAGUUGGAAGUGCGUUCGUUGUGCCACAAAAUACUGCAAAAUGUGUCAAUUCUGUUGAAUGCCGACCGCGGGUCCCUUUUUCUCGUGCAAGGCAAAAGUACCUGUGGCAGUGAUAAUACCAAAAAAUGUUUAGUGUCUAAAUUAUUCGAUGUCUGCUCGAGCAGCACCCUGCAGGAGAUGGAACAGCAGGACGAGGUGAAGGUGGCGUGGGGCAUGGGAAUUGCCGGUCACGUGGCUGAAAGUGGAGAACCCGUCAAUAUACCGGAUGCCUAUCAGGACGAACGCUUCAACCGGGAAAUCGACAUCCAAACUGGCUACCGUACGAAGGCACUGCUCUGCAUGCCCAUCAAGGACGGUUCCGGCGAUGUGGUCGGAGUGGCCCAGGUAAUCAACAAACAGGGAGACCAGUGCUUCACCGCCAUCGAUGAGAAGGUAUUUGCAGCCUAUCUGCAGUUUUGUGGCAUCGGCUUGCGGAACGCUCAACUGUACGAAAAGUCUCAGCUGGAGGUGAAACGGAACCAGGUCCUGCUCGAUUUGGCCCGGAUGAUCUUUGAAGAGCAGAGCACAAUCGAGCAUAUGGUGUUCCGAAUACUGACCCACAUGCAAAGUUUAAUUCAAUGCCAAAGAGUUCAAAUCCUACUGGUGCAUGAGGCCUCCAAGGGAAGCUUUUCGCGCGUGUUCGAUUUCGAAGCCAAUGAUCUCAGUGGUGACGACGGCGACGAGUCCCGGACCAGUCCGUUCGAGUCCCGUUUCCCCAUCAACAUAGGCAUCACCGGUUAUGUAGCCACAACCGGAGAGACUGUAAAUAUUGGCAACGCCUACGAGGAUGAUCGGUUCGACCCAAGCGUGGAUGAUGGACAAGGCUUUCGUCACAAAACCAUCCUCUGUAUGGCGAUAAAAAAUUCUCUAAGUCAAAUUAUAGGUGUAAUACAGCUGAUCAAUAAGUUCGAUGAGCUGACUUUUACCAAAAAUGAUGAAAAUUUCGUGGAAGCAUUCGCCAUAUUCUGCGGCAUGGGAAUCCACAAUACACACAUGUACGAGAAGGCGAUCGUGGCGAUGGCCAAACAGAGCGUGACCCUGGAAGUGCUCAGCUACCACGCAUCGGCUACGAUAGACGACGCCUUUCGGUUACGGCAACUGAAAAUCCCAUCGGCCGCGUUUUAUCAACUGCAUGACUUCAAGUUCGACGAUCUGAACAUGGAAGACGACGACACGUUGAAGGCAUGCAUACGAAUGUUCUUAGAUCUGGAUCUAGUCGAACGGUUCCACAUUGAGUACGAAGUUCUGUGUCGGUGGUUACUUUCGGUGAAGAAGAACUACCGAAACGUCACCUACCACAACUGGCGGCACGCCUUCAAUGUGACUCAGAUGAUGUUUGCCAUUCUCACUUCCACCCAGUGGUGGAAGAUAUUCGGCGAAAUCGAAUGCCUAGCGCUAAUCAUAGCUUGUCUGUGCCAUGACCUGGAUCAUCGUGGAACGAACAAUUCAUUCCAGAUCAAAGCUUCCUCGCCACUAGCUCAAUUGUACUCCACUUCGACGAUGGAACAUCAUCACUUCGAUCAGUGUUUGAUGAUCAUCAACAGUCCCGGCAAUCAGAUUCUGUUGAAUCUAUCUUCCGAUGACUACAGCCGUGUGAUAAAAGUAUUAGAGGACGCGAUUCUGUCCACCGAUCUGGCGGUGUAUUUCAGGAAACGCGGUCCGUUUCUGAACCUAGUGAAUCCCACUUCGCAAAGCUCCGUGUGGCAAGCGGAUGAACCUCGCUCCUUGCUGAGAGCGAUGAGCAUGACUGUGUGUGACCUGGCGGCCAUUUCCAAACCUUGGGACAUCGAGAAGCGCGUUGCGGAGCUGGUAAGUUCGGAGUUCUUCGAGCAAGGUGACGUGGAACGGCAGGAGCUCAACAUUACUCCAAUCGAUAUCAUGAAUCGUGAAAAGGAGGAUCAGUUACCAAUGAUGCAGGUGGGAUUUAUCGAUUCCAUUUGCCUGCCCAUUUACGAAGCAUUUGCGAGUCUUUCUGACAAACUGGAACCACUGGUAGAAGGUGUCAGGGAGAACAAAAACCACUGGAUUGAGUUGGCCCAGAGUUCGAAGGCGAAAUUUGCCAACAACAACAAUGACACGACCAGUCAAAAUAACAACAACAGCAGCGGCAACAGCAGCAAGGCCAGCAAUCUCCGGUUGGCCUACAAUAGUAACAGCAGCUCCGAGGAGUCCAGCGAAAAUCGACGACCUACAUUAGGAUCGCGUACAAGUAAUACCAAAUGCAAUACCGUUAGUAAUGCAAUUGGCACUGAUAAUGAUAACCAUAGCAUAGGUAGCCACGAGAUAAACUGUGCAAGCAACAUUACGGAAAAGAUUGUCGGUCGGCUCGGGGUAGAUUUGACCACCACUUCUCCCUACCCGGAAGUUCCGUCCUAUCUGGUGGCGAAGAAGGAAAACGGUUGGAUACCCCACGGAAACGACAAAAUUCGGCUUCUCCGGUUGGCGUCGCUGGAGGGUAAGACGAGUGGGGCCGAGUAGUAGCUGAUUCAGGAUCAUUGAAUCAAAGAUUAAGCCCUGCUUACGAUCAAACUAAAAAUCCUUUACAUACCCUCAGAAGCACACACACAAACGAGACAAGUAUUUAGUAAUUCACCCACACAAACACACACACAACACACGAAUUUAUUCAACACAAAUCCGUCAUUGGGAAUGCUUUGUGAUGUCACCCCAGCGCUAGAGCAAUGCUUUUAAUUCUGAUGCACGAUAACGUGAAUGUUUUAUUGAACUAAUUUCAUCCGAUUCCGAUUCAUCAUGACGCUCUCUGUACAUCAUCUAUCUUAAUCUACACCGAGAAUUUGGCUUCCUCCAGGAUUGUUUGCAUACUAACUACUGCGUCUAAUCGGAUAUAAUCUCAGCAGAUUCUAACCCCUCACCGAACAAACAGAACUCAGAUAGGAUGUAGAUCAAAUCAACCUCCAUCCAAGUUUAUAGAAAACCUCCAUAAUAAUGUGGUGCACGAACCUGAAUGUAUAAGUGUACAUAGCAAAAAAAAACAGUUCUUCGGAGUUCCAGAUGUUUCCAUAGAAUCCUUUCUUCAGCAGUUGUGUGGAUAGAAAAUUCAAUAUCAAAAAUGGAGCACUAGUCAGCAGAAUAAUGUAGUAGUUCAUAGGACCUUUUUUCGUAGAUUUAAUCAAAAAAACAAGUAGACUAAUUGUAGCAGAGGCGAGCUGCGUGCAUGAGAUUGAUUAGUGUGAUUAAGUCGGACGAGUGGAAAAUACGGAAGAAAAAUAAAAACACAAGAGCGAUAGACAGAACUUGAUGGGAUGGAUUUUUAUCGUCACAUUACACGCUUUUGCCGAUCGUUUCUACUGACGGUUGACAUUUUACUAUUCCUUUCUCCUAGAAUGUUAAGUUUUGUGUAUUAUUGGAAAACCGAGAGAAUUCUAGAAUAAAUAUCUUCUAUAUUUGAGAGUGUAAAA